CUGAUUUUUGUUGGGGCUGGAACCAUCAGGACUCGGGCAGCCAGUGAGUAUUUUAGUUCAGAGAGAAAUGGAUUUUAAAGGACUCCAUCAAGAUUUUCUUAAAUGAGAGGUAGCUGAUGCCUUCAAAAGAGAAGAUUACAGGAGAAAAGGUUUUUAAAGAAGGUUUUUGACUACUUCAAAAUGGAAAGGAUUCCUAAGGUUGGAAUAUUUUAAUGAAGAUUAUCUUAUACUAACCAACGUGGAAAAAAAAAAGAGUAUUCCUGGAUCCAGCCAAAGCAGGUAUUCUAACUUCAGAGCGAGACCUUUGAGGACUUUAACUGAAAAAGAUGAACAACACGACAGUGGGUAACAAUACAGAAUGUCCUCUGAAUUCUCUAAUCACACAAUACAUCAUUCCUCUGCUCUAUUUCUUUGUCUUCGUGGGUGGGAUUCUGCUCAAUGCGAUAUCUGCGUGGAUCUUUUUUUACGUUUCCAACAGUAAGAGCUUCAUCGUCUAUCUCAAGAACAUCGUGGUAGCUGACUUUCUGAUGAGUCUAACUUUCCCAUUCAAAGUUCUGAAUGAUUCCAAACUAGGGCCCUGGCAGCUGAGCAUCUUUGUGUGCAAAGGUUCUGCAGUGAUCUUUUAUGUCAACAUGUACGUGGGAAUCGUAUUUUUUGGGCUCAUCGGAUUUGACAGGUACUACAAGAUCGUAAAGCCCUUCCUGGCUUCUUUUGUUCACACGGUUAGUUACAGUAAGAUCCUCUCUCUCUUCAUCUGGGUCCUAAUAUUCCUCCUGGCUAUCCCUAACAUCAUUCUUACUGACCAAAAUGCUAAGGAGGACGACAAUAUUAACUGCAUCAAACUCAAAAAUGAAAUGGGGCUCAAGUGGCAUACGGCCUCCAACUACAUUUUUGUGACCAUCUUCUGGAUUGUGUUCCUUUUGCUGAUCAUCUGUUACACGGCCAUCACGAGGAAAAUCUAUAAAUCUUACCUUAGGUCGAGAAGGAAAUCCAUCUCGGUCAAGAAAAAAUCCAGUCGCAAUAUAUUCUGCAUCAUGUUUGUGUUUUGUGUGUGUUUUGUCCCCUAUCACAUUGCCCGAAUCCCCUAUACCAGAAGCCAAACUGAAAAACAUUACGACUGUCAAUCCAAAGAAAUCCUGCUCUAUGCAAAAGAAUUCACUCUGUUCCUAUCCGCGGCCAAUGUAUGUCUGGAUCCCAUUAUUUAUUUCUUUCUCUGUCAACCAUUUAGAGAAACACUGCAGAAGAAGUUCCACUUCAGGUUAAAGGUGCGACAUACACCGGAAGCCUCCAAAACCAAGAGAAGCAAUGAAAUGAUGGACAAUGCAAUUCUGGACAGCACAGAUACACUCUGAUUCCCCAUUGGGAACCAUACAGAAAGAAUCAUUUUAUUUGCAGUGCACUGCCUGUGCAGCCAAGAUGAGUACAUGAGAUGAACUAUGCUAGGAAACAAUCUCCAGGAAGUUAACAAACAUACUUAUAACAAUGAAAAAAAAAAAAAAAAACCUCCAUAUACAGAACUUUUUGCAUUACAGCAGCAUCAAAGAAAAACUCAGUCAAUAGUCUGCUCAUAAAACUGAAAGAUUCCUCCUAUUGAUAAAAAAAAAAAAAAGCAUGCACAUGUGAUUUAAAAAUAUUCCAGCAAACUAGAAAGCUUCCUCCUUCAUUCAGCCAACCAACAGAAGUUUAUUUCGUUUCAGAAACUGGACAAAUCACUGGGGAUGCAAAAACAAAAACAAUCCCCGUCUUCAGGGAGACUAUAUUGUACUAGUAGUAAAGGGGCAAACAGAUAAAAAUAUUUAUUAUGAUGAACUUGAUCAGUUAAUGUACUUUAAAACUAGAAGCAGCAAUGGAAUGAUGAUUUUUUAAAUUGCUCACACUUUUUGUCUUAUCCUCAAAUGAAGAACUUGCAAGAGGAGGGAAGGUUGGAGGCCUAUAGAGGCCUUUAUUCAAGAAAAUACUCAAAUAAAGAGACCCUGGACACAGACCCAUUCAAAACCAAUCAAAUAAUAGUUUGAAAGAAAAAAAAAGAUAAAAGUACAAAUAUUAGAGAAAAGACAAUAAACCUAAAAGAAAAGAAGGUAAGUGAUACAGAUCAUCCCCAAUGAACUUUUACUAGAUGGACUUUCAAAGUCAUAACAAGUCAGCUGACCAAAGUUCACAAGAAGUUUGUUUAUGAUGUUUGGUUUUUAUUAGCACAGAUGCAAGAUCUUUCCCCCAUUUGGGACAAAGCCCAUACUGCCUUUCACAAACAGAUGUCCCAGCAGCAAAUGGGCAGAUUUCACUUGAUUUGGUUUUUAUAUCCUGGCUUCUUUCGAUCAUUGCUAGCUUUUCAAGUAAGAAUUAAAUAAGCAUGCUUAAUUCAACGAACUGCCCUAAUAUUGCUCGUGAUACAGCAGGGCAAAGGUAAUAUAGAGCUAAACUGAAGCAGUUCCUUGUAUUCUAAAAGAAUGUAAACGCUUUGAGGGCAUAUUGGGUCCAGCACCUAGAACAGCUCCAUGUACACAGUGGGUGCUUAGUAGCUACAUGCUGUUUGCUUACUGAAUCGUAGAGGUUAUGAGCUGGGCACAUUCAUUCAUUAUACAGAACUUAACACAGUGUCUAUCUCAAAGUAGGUACGUGACAUCAAUUAAUAAAUAUUUAUUCAACAUCUACCUGGUACAAGGCAUUUACUACUUAAAAGAAUUCUCUAACCCUUGAGGGCAGGCUCUGGCCAACAAAAUGUUCUUAUUACUCUUGAGAUGUGGCAAUUGUACAAAAAUAGAUCAAAGGAGUAGAGUCUAACAUAUAUUCACAAGGUAAUAAGAGCUCGUAACACUUCCCAAUCUUGCUAUGAUCUAGACCUAAUGACUUCUAUUCAAUGGCAGGAUUGUUAUGAAAGGACCCAAAAUAUUAGCGAUUCAUUUGAAUAAGUUAAAGAGAGACUUUUUGGGUGGUUGUUGUUGACUCUUCCUGACCUCAUCUGGGCUCUUGAGUAGUUUGCCAUUUCCUUUUCCAAAUCAUCUGAUAGAUAGGUAAGACAAACUUAAGUGUACUUGUGACUUGGUUCAGAGUCACACAGCUAGUGUCACAUAAAUAUUCAAGUCCUCCUGACUCAAGGGCUAGUAUUCUACCCACUAUCAUUCCAAAUUAAAUAAUGUGUGUAAUGCAUUUAGAAAACCUUAAACCUAUAUGUGAAUGCUAAUCGGAGCUCAGAGAGCAGGAAGCCACCACAUUCUCUACUGAUACUAAAAAUUAAAACAGAAGCUGCUGCUACAAAGCCCCCUUUCAGCUCAAUUACUAAUCAUAGGGGGUGGUCUUAAGUAAGGUUCAUCUCGCUCAACCUGUACUCAGCUUUGAAGAAAGCUGAUUCUAAGAGGUGAGAAAGGUAAGAACGAGGAGGUCCCUUGGUAGUUAAGUGAGGUUUGACAGAGAGCCUGAAUUACUGUAAACAAUCUGAAAGCCAAGCUGGUCUUUGAGGCAAAUAGGGAGGAGCACUGAUAAGAUUAUAAGUGGACCUUUUGAUUUUGAUUAGGCUUUUUGUUACCUUAAAAUAUUAUUGAAUUCCAAUUCUUUGUAGUUAAAACCAUCAUAACUUCCAGUUACAGUAUCUAAUCAAAAAGUUAUGAUGUCAAUUCAUGAGUUCUAGUUUCCCCUAUAAAAGUAUUUACUGUAUACCUCACUAACUCUCUAACUCUUUUUUAGGGUUAGUCUGCUUGUCACAAUGGCUAACUUUUUUAGGGUGCUAAUUUUUAUUAGAGUCAUCCCAUCAGUUAUUGGCAUAAUACUCCACUAAACCCCUCCUUUAGCAAUUUAACCCACCUUAUGGUGUGGGGAGUUCAUUAGGAACUUACCACACCUAAAUGGCAUCUUCCCCUGAUUAACUGUGAAUUCUGCUAGAACUUUUUCUCAUUAAUUGCCAAAACUUUUUUCAUUGCGAAAAACUUCUCAUGAAUUUAGCCUGCUUUUAGCAACACAAUCAAAUCUUUGUCCCUUGACUUAGAGAUGGUCUAAGCCUACAAAUUCUUUUGAGACAUUCUAUGACACCAUCCUUAACCCCAAUAUAUUUUUGGGUUCAAAACUCUCUCUUCCCAACAUUUGAUGGUCAAAUCCUAUCACAAAGACAUGGGACUAAUAUGAAAGAAACAAUGGAAACUGUAAAAAGAAUACAAUAAAAAAAGUAAGGGGAAAAUCUUUACAAAAUAAUUGUUAAUUAUUCCCCCAAAUCUCACAGCUAACUUUAAAAGUCCAAAAUCGGGUUAUUGAAAGCUAUGCUGACUCAAUAACCAGAGUUGGGGGAGACAUCAUCACCCAGUCUGCAGGUAUUCAGCACAUACCUCUACUACUUAAAUAUCAAGUACCUAUUACUUGGGAGAAGAGGGGAUGUGGAACUGAGAUGCAAUGAACCAUCCCCUUUUGCUGAUUUGGAACCAUCUUUUUAUAAAGUUGUCAUGAAUCCCUUCCUGAAUUGGCCCGUCGAUGUGUUGUUACUUUGAUGUAUUUUUGAAUAAACUUCCUUGUAAUUUUC